AUGUCUUCAGGCUCUUCGGGCAACAAUGGGACUUUGAUAGUAGCGGGUCCCGACACCAUCCAAGUGGCGGACUUCUAUGUCCAUGCCUCGAUUUUACAUCCUCUCGUCAUUGGAUCCAUAGCCAUUGUUGUCUUGUUCACAUCACUCCGCUUCUUUAGCAACCGCUCGAUUGCAGCCAUGAAUGUGACAGACUGGAUUGCAAAUGUUGCAAUUGGUUCGACGUUGGCUGGAAUCGUCAAUGGCAACUCCCUCGCUCGAGGCAUGAUCGGGCUUUGCACUAUUCUCGGCUUUCAGUAUCUGAUGUCCUUUAUCGGUGCCCGUUUACCAUCCCAGCAUGCGUGGAUCCUUUCGUCGCCGCCCAUCAUCAUCGCUUUUCGUGGAAAGCUCUUGACUAAAGUCAUGUCAAGGCAUCGCAUCUGCCUGGGCGAUCUAUAUGCCUUUUUACGGCAGAAGAACAUCUUGGACUUGUCUGAAAUCGAGUGUGUUUUUAUCGAGGCCAAUGGAUCGUUUACCAUAUAUACGAGGGCGCAAGUUGGAGAUCGCAAGAAGGUGGAUGUCUUGCUGCAGGUGCCGAGUUACAAGGCGCUGUGUGAUGAUGCUGAUGAGAGGAUUGCAGAGAACACUGGGGACAAAGACGGAUUGAAGGCCUGCGAUGAUCAACAAAACCACCUUGCUGGCGACGCUUGCUGA